GUUGAUUAUUACUAGAUCAUAUGCUAAUCUUUACAGUAUUUAUUAUUUUUAAUAUAUGUAGACUCAUUUAUUAUUAGUUACUAUUAGAAUACAAGGAAGUCGUUAAAAGUACACAUACAUUUUAAAUUCGCGCCUUUAUUUCAUGCACAUAUGACCACCAAGCAUGCGUAUAUGGCCGCGAAGCAUGUACAUAUGACUGUAGAGCAUGCGCACAUGGCCGCGGAGAGUGCUCUUGUCGCUACAUUUCGCCGAUAUGACAGAUUUCUUAACCUGAAUAUUCGACAAAUUUUACGAUUAUUAUUUCGCUUUCCGGGGCAGAGCGACGCUUUUUUUUGCCAGAUUCGUUCGUUUGAAGCAAAACUGUAUCGAAUAAGCACAACUACAUCGAUAUUUGAAUACCAGUGCCUAAACUAAAUAAUUACCCAAAAUACAACUUUUAAUUAAUUAUUGCUUAUUAAUAUAAUAUACAUAUUCAUAAUUAUUAACAUCUAUUUUUCAUCAUGUACAAUAUGUACAUUAUGUAAACUUUUAUGUUCCACAUAGUAUACAGAAUGCCGGAUAAAAUAUGAAGCUUUUUAAGCUGAUAGUGCAUCAGAAGAAUUUCAGUGGAGAAGACCUUAUUAUCAACCCAAAGGAUUAUCCUGGCAUAAAAACUGGCGAUGUUGUCGAGAUUUACCACCCUGAUGAUGAGUUUAGCCGCUUGCUAUUGCAAGUUACUUCCUUUAAAGAGGACUUGCAAGGUCGUGAAACUAUUAGCGUGGAAAAUAACGUAGCAUCGAUGUUCCAGCUGCGAACGUUUGCUGAUGUGUACAUGAACAUAGUGAAUCCAGACGAUGUAGCUCUAGAUUCUAUAGAAUUGACCUUUAAGGAUCAAUACAUGGGACGCAGUGAGAUGUGGCGUCUAAAAAACAGCUUGGUAAACACUUGUGUGUACAUCAAUAAGAAAAUAGAGUUUUGUGGUGGCAGUAUACGCUGUCAAGUAUAUGAGAUGUGGUCACAGGGCGAUCGUGUUGCUUGCGGUGUUAUCACAAAUGAUACUAAAGUGGUGUUUCGAUCUUCCACAAGUAUGGUAUACUUGUUUAUUCAAAUGAGCUCUGAAAUGUGGGAUUUUGACAUACAUGGAGAUCUUUACUUUGAAAAAGCAGUUAAUGGAUUUUUAGCAGAUUUAUUUCAAAAAUGGAAAAAGAAUGGCAGCAAUCAUGAAGUCACCAUAGUACUGUUUUCGAGAACUUUUUAUAAUGCGACUAGUUUGGAGGAAUUUCCGAAUCACAUGAGGGAGUGUUUACAGCAUGAUUAUAGAGGAAGAUUUUAUGAAGAUUUUUAUAGAGUUGCGGUACAAAAUGAAAGAUUUGAAGAUUGGACCAAUAUCUUGGUACAAUUGCGUAAAUUGUUUACUGAUUAUCAAAAAAUAGUUUUGGAAUAUCACCAAAAGCUUGGUAAUAAUAUGCCUAAGGCAGUAAAUUCUACUGCUGCACAAGGCAAUUUUCUGGAAGUGUUAAAUAUGUCUUUGAAUGUUUUUGAGAAACACUACUUGGAUCGCAGUUUCGACAGGACUGGUCAACUAUCUGUAGUCAUUACACCUGGAGUUGGUGUCUUCGAAGUAGAUAGGGAGUUGACAAAUGUAACAAAACAGAGAAUUAUCGAUAACGGUGUGGGGAGUGACUUGGUAUGCGUUGGAGAGCAACCGCUUCAUGCAGUUCCAUUAUUAAAGUUUCAUAACAAAGAUUCUUCCAUAAAUGCACCAGAUGACUAUAGCAUGCCUCAUUGGAUUAAUCUCAGUUUCUAUUCCACUAACAAAAAAAUACCUUAUUCUACGUUCAUACCGCGAAUAAAACUGCCGCAAAGGGUAUCGAAACAUUCGAUGGAUAACAUAAAAUUACAUUGCAAAACCAGACUUUUACAAGAAGAUUCAAGAGAAUGUCUACAUAAUACGUUAUUCGAUUACGAUGCUUAUGACGCACAAGUGUUCCAAUUACCCACAGUUCAUACCUCAAGUGUACAAAGGAUAAAUACGAGAAGGAAAAAGACGAGCGUGGUAUGCCUUGAAACUCAUAAUAAUGGCCAUUUGUUAAAGCUCUUAAAACGUAAAAUGUCAGAUCCUGAUAUACAUCAUCCUCCGCCCGAAAUGCAUUCGCCGCCAGUUCUGGCAUUACGGAGCGCGGCGAUAACAAUACCAUACAAAACGGACGACGAUAAUGUUGAAUCUAACGAGGAUAGAACCGGUGUAUCCAGAACGCCGGUCAAAAGCGAUUUAACCGACUCUGAAAUAUCUCCGCCCUUUAGACCUGUUGUUGGUAGCGCUGGCAGUCCAACGAAUUCAAUUUCUCAACCAACAAAUAUACUUAGACCUGGUAGAGCAUUAAUCAAUCCUUUUGAUCCAUCACAUGUUACCAUUAAACUUACCAGUAACAGACGACGAUGGACUCAUAUAUUUCCGAAAGGACCUACAGGAGUUUUAAUACAGCAACAUCACUAUCAAGCUGUUCCAAUGCAGACAUGUUUGGAGUCACAGAAUGAGGCUAUACCAUCGACUAUAAGUGGAUCUUCGAUGGAAACUGGGACGAACAAUUCAAAUCAGAUUUCAAGAUCAGCGUCUCAGACAGGAUUCCAAGAUUACACAAAAGGAAAGUUACAACGACCUAAUCUUCCUAUAGCUAACGGAGAUAAAACUGCGAAUCCUUCGACUAUGGCGAAAAAAAGUAUUACUCUUUUGUGGGGUGCUACUGGUGAACAAGAAUGGACGCCUGCUCUAACAACAGCAAUCAUAGGAGUCGACUGGAAAUCUUUAACGAUUCCCGCGUGUCUACCCAUCACUACCGAUUAUUUCCCAGACAAGCGGAGCUUACAAAAUGAUUACGUCGUGUCAGAUUAUAAUCUUCUCCCGGACGACGUUAACUCCGAUUUUGCCCAACAGCGAGCGAUAUAUAAGAAACCGCUCACAACCGUGGAAGUGUUUAAAGAGCUGGUCUCACAGCGUUUGGCCCAAGGUUUUCAACUAAUCAUUUUGCCAUCACUUAACAAGAAUCAGAGCAAUGCCUCUGGCAGCAAUGUCGCUCCCGCAAUUAGUACGGUAAUGCGUGGCAGACAAACCGAAUCCGAGCCCAAAGAAGAAUAUCUGCUCAGCAUUGGAAGAAUUUUUCACAAAAUAUCACUCUUUGAUAAUUCUAUAACAGUUACGAGAUACCGUCCACGACAUCCUUACCCACCCUUCAAUAUUCACUAUCAAUAUCGAUUUCACGCUCCUCAUCAUGAUACAUAUGAAGUUUCGCGGGUGUCUUUCACCACAGAGAAACUCGAGACCUAUAAUUGGAAUUAUCUAGAUCACUACAUUUGCACACGUGGCCAUACUGAUUUUGCCUUAGUAGAAACUCUCAAAUAUUGGCGGUUUCGAGUCUUUUUAUUACCGUAUAAUAAUCCUGCGACUCGCAAAAUUUUAGAAGGUUCCUCAAGAUGUGACAUAUAUUCUCCGCUUAGUAAUGCUGAACAGGCCUCAUUAAUGGAUGGUUUCUUACGCUUUAUUGAGGGAUGGUUGAAUAAAAUACGACGGCCGAAUCCCAAUAAAAACUGGCAUGAUAUGUUUCAGAGCCCCACAGCUCUAGGUGGUGUCCCUCCAAGAGAUCCUGCCUCUCAUUUGACCAGACGCAGGCACAGCACGAGCCUGAUAUUCCUCACUAACCAGACCAAUCUAGUCGGCAGCUCUCCUUUCAGGGAGCGACUCGGAAGCAACCGUCUGCCGGAGAAACCGAGACCAAGAUCUGGUUCCAAAGUGAUGGACAGAGGACGUGUGUCGCCUGCUAGCGAAGCCGUUUUGCCAUUAUCACUCGAGCAACAGCAACAGGAUCAUUUCGACGCUAAUGAUGACAGUGGAAAUCAGGAACUGACCAAGAUGAAAAGUAAUGCAACCAACAUGGAAAUUUUGGAAGCCAUGAAACAUCCUCAAACUGGUGUCGGCUUCUUGACACAACAUCCUUCGCUCCCUAGCCAAACGUUUGUUAGUGCUGAUGCGAUUCAAUGGUUAAACAACCACAUAGAAGGCGGGGUAGGGGUCGAACAGGGUGUCAAUACUAUGAAGGGGAUGAUUCAAGACAAAUUAAUAUGCCAUGCAUCCGGAGACUUUUCGAAACCAUUUGUCCUAGGAUUUUAUUUAUAUCACAUUGUACAGGAUAAAGAAAAUCAAAAAGCCGCAGAUUAUUCUGCUCCGCUUGGGAAUUUGCAAAGUUUCGAAAAUGAAUGGGUGGAGGUUGAGAUGAAAUCGCCGAAAGGAUGGUGCGAACCAACUUCUUCGACAACAGUAUCGACUCCUAUAACAAUACCUACUUGCGACACUAUUGACGAAUCCAACGUACCACCUUUUUUGAAAGAUGAUAUAGAUAUUUACAGAAUUGGAUUGGAUCUGAGAGAAGAGACUGAUUCAGUAGAUGACAGAAAUGCGACAGUGUCUUUGUAUAAACAUACUCAUCUGGACAUUGACAUCAAUAAUAAAAGUGAUAGAAUUGAGUGGGGUCACUUAAGAUAUCAGUCCGUUUACAAAGUAGAUACUUCUUAUGAACUUGUAGUGCAAUGGAUAGCAUCAUCCGGCAGUAUAGUGGCUGAUCUAAUAUUCGUUUGGCAACGCAAAGCUCAAAUGUGCGGGAUACAGAUGGUACCCAUUCCCAGCGAUUUGUUAGCACUACCCUAUACGUUGAAGAGCGAUCCUCUCAGAGGACCUAUUUUCAUACCGCUCGAUACAGAGUGUUUGAUGGCAAAUAAGCGGCACCUCUUUGAAGAAUUCCGAGAAGAUACUUAUGCACAAAGGCUGUUUUUAUUCCAAGAAGCAAUUCUGCAGAGAUUCGGUUUUAUGCCAUGCUUAGUUGAAAAUAUCGAAAAUGAUCAUCAAUACGUUCACAUUACUGGUAACGCAUUUAUACUGGUGCCAUCCAUCACAAAUACUCGGCCGCGCCCACGAACCGGAACCAAUAUUGUGCGGCGAAAUACAAGUCAGAAAAAAUAUCCGGUUCAUCCGGACCAGUCUAGUCCACAUGAAGCGUACAUUACUAGACAUGUUGGUGGAAAGAAGGACGAUCAUAAUAUAGAUAGGAAAAUGGGUUUUUUAUGGUCUUGGAAUCAUAUGGUCAGCCGCAAGUGGAAAUCAUUGUCUCUUUCAGCGGGUGAUGAAUUUUUCCAGAAGAAAAUUAUACAAGAUUUUCGACACUUCUGUUCCAAUGGAGACAAUAGACUGAAAGAGUUUUGGGAAUCUUGUUGGGAGUUAAAAGAAAAAACUUGUACAAAAGCUAAAUAGCAAGAUAUUGUUUUUAAUGUUCUUUUAUCCAAAGAUUUAUUAAGUUAUCAUCGAUCAUUUAUAUGAAUUUCAUAAAAUGUUAUCGCUAUUUGUGAUCAUAUUAAUCUUCAUUUAUGAAAAGUACAAUUAUAUAUAAUGUUUAUAAGAUAUAACUGGUAUAGCAGGAUAAUAAAUUGUGUAACAAGUGCGGAAGGUCGGCUUUUUUAGCACGAGUUCACCCGUACAUGUUGCACACCGUAUUUUUUAUUA